CUUCGCUCCUGAAUGAUUUACCCACAAGAUCUGCAUUUCGGGAGCACUGAUCAGCAUGACUCCGGUUUGGAAAAGAGGAUCAGGCGUUGGUUUGCAGAACUGAACCAGUAAUAUCUGCAGGCUAAGAGUGAUCCACAGAAAUCUAGAAGCUGAAGCUUGCUUUUAAGCUGGGAUUUGAAUGUUUAGCUGACUGGAUCAAGAGGGAGCAGAGAGGGUUAAAGGCAAGUGUGGAGGAAAAAAAUAAAAAAACAAGAUCUGGGAUUACAGCAUGGAAGAAAAUGAUCAGAACCACAGGGAAGUGGACCAACAGCAGGAGUCAGGAGAGGAGCCCAACAGGGUGAUUCUACCCCUACACCAGGCUCCUGGAAACCACCAGCCUCAUCACAGGAUCACCAACUUCUUCAUUGAUAAUAUUCUACGGCCGGAAUUCGGGAGAAGGAAAGAAGGGACAACCCAACAGGAUGAGCUUUUCUCGGUCAGGGACAGUGUGACUCGCUCUGGGGUAGAUUCUGGACAGCACAGAGCUAGUAGUGUUACUGAUGGAGAAGGGGUCUCCAAAACCAUUACUGCCACUGGAGAUAAGAAAUGUGAGGGGAGCAUUGAUGGAGCUCUUAAAUCUAGAGGACAUAGUGGAGAUCUUUCCUUGAGCUCAGACUCUGACAGUUCCCAAGCCAGCUCUAACAACCACCAACAGCCAAUGUUGUGGCCAGCCUGGGUCUACUGCACCAGGUACUCAGACAGACCUUCAUCAGGUCCAAGGUCUCGUAAACCAAAGAAGAAAGCAGUAAAUAAGGAGGACAAAAGACCAAGAACAGCCUUCACUGCGGAUCAACUGCAGAGGCUAAAGGCUGAGUUUCAAACAAACAGGUAUCUGACCGAGCAAAGGAGGCAAAGUUUGGCUCAGGAACUGAAUCUAAACGAAUCUCAGAUCAAAAUCUGGUUUCAGAACAAAAGAGCUAAAAUUAAGAAAGCCACAGGAAGCAAGAAUUCCUUAGCAUUACAUCUGAUGGCACAAGGACUCUACAACCACUCCACCACUUCAAAGGACAGCAAAUCAGACAGCGAAUAGAAGGGGUAAUAGUGAUGCAAAUGUCUUAAAAAUGCAAUAAUUUAAAAGAAAGUUUUUAAUUUACAACAAAAAAAAACUUAAAGGGCCAGUGAAUAAAGAAUUAAACCAGCAUUGUGCUACAAAAUGUGUACUGGGGUAAAUAUUAUGUGUAAAUAUUAUUAUUAUAUACAGGCAGACACAAUUCCAAAAUAAUCAAUCCUAUUGAACUAUUUUUUGUUGUUUUGUGAUUUUUUUUUUCUAGAGGCUACCAAUUAUUUUCUGUUUAGACCUUAUUUUAUACUGAGUGAUAUUAAUGGAUGUUUGGACGUUGAGAAAACGUGAGAACAUUGAAAUUUAAACAACUUUUGCUAAAGUCCAAAGAUUUAUUGCUGCACUUCGCACUACUGUGAAUUUAAUAAAUUGUUAAUAUUUGUUCUUUGUUUCUCUUAUGUUAUAAUUUUCUUUUUUGUUUUUUAUCUUAAUAUGAAAGCAGGAACGGUGGGGAUUUGCAUUUUGACAUGCACAUUAACCAUUUCAGUGCUUCAGUGGGAGUUCCUUACUCCUAUAGUACUUAAACGGUUAAUUUCAUCAUCUUCAUAUUUUAAUUAAAAAAUAAUGUCUUUAUGGUUCUGUAAAGUGCUGCAGAAUUCGGUUUAUUUAUAAGCGAAUGUAAUAUACAGUUUUGCACUUAGAGUUGUUUUUUUUUUCUUUUUAAUGUCCUGUGGAUUUUCCAAUCUCUGCAUCUAGGAUGAGAUCUGUGGGGGUUAAUAUACAGUUAUGAAUUUCUAAAACUCUAAAUACAUGUCAUUAUUUCUCUUCAAAGCCCAAUUUUAUAUGUCUGAUUUCCAUAAGAAGUGUGUUGGCUGAGAGUUGCCUUGAUGGUCAGGGAAAUUUAGGAAAUCACUUUCUUGAUCUUGGUGAAGGUUCAACAUGUUGAUAUUUUUGUGACUAGUGACGUUUUUAGAUAUAAUUAUUAAGUACGAAAGUAAAGCAAAUGGUCAAAUAUCUGGAUAAUAGAGAGCUGCAGAGCGAAAUGCAUUGUGUAUCUCUCUGGCUCUGAAAUAAUUGUGUCCUUUUUUUAAAUACCCUGAAAUACCCUAUUUUUGCCCCACUCCUUCCUUUGGGAUAUAUGACACCCAAUGAAAGUUUAAUUUAGGCUCCUCUAUUUGCUUGUCCAAGUUCCUUAACCCAAAAAGUUCCAAAACACCCUUUCGCACUAUCUUUGCCGUUUCCCAUAAAGAGUUCAUGGCGAUUAAAUGCCUAAAACAUUUCGUUUUAAGUCAUCCCAA